GCCGAUUCUCAGUUCUUGCAUCUCCUCCUUCUGCAUCCUCUCUUCUGUUUAUUUCACCGGAAAAUAAUUCGCCGGAAUACCAGAAUCGAUUACCAAUGGCCAAACAAAAGGGGAUGCUCGUCAGCUCCAAAGCGGAACUAAAACGCAAAGAGAAGCAGAAAAAGAAAGCUAAAUCAGGUGGCUUCGAGUCCCUCAAUUUGAGCCCUAAUGUCUACCGAGGAGUCAAGAAGAAGGGCUACAGGGUCCCCACGCCGAUACAGCGCAAGACCAUGCCGCUCAUCCUGGCGGGAAACGAUGUUGUCGCCAUGGCACGAACUGGGUCAGGAAAGACGGCGGCGUUUCUGGUGCCGAUGUUGGAGAAGCUGAAGCAGCACGCACCCCAGUGCGGCGUUAGGGCCCUCAUUCUUUCGCCCACAAGGGACUUGGCCUUGCAGACAUUGAAGUUCACACAGGAAUUGGGGAGGUUUACAGAUCUUCAUACUAGUUUACUUGUUGGUGGUGAUAGCAUGGAAAAUCAAUUUGAAGAACUGGCACAGAAUCCUGAUAUCAUCAUUGCAACUCCUGGUAGGCUAAUGCACCAUUUGUCCGAGGUUGAUGACAUGUCGCUUCGUACUGUGGAGUAUGUGGUCUUUGAUGAAGCAGAUUGUCUAUUUGGCAUGGGUUUUGCUGAACAGUUGCAUAAAAUCCUUACACAGCUUAGUGAAAAUCGUCAGACUUUGCUCUUUAGUGCAACAUUACCAAGUGCCCUUGCUGAGUUUGCAAAAGCUGGUCUACGAGACCCUCAACUAGUUCGACUUGAUCUGGAAACCAAGAUUAGCCCUGACUUGAAGCUAACUUUUUUCACCUUACGUCAGGAAGAAAAACUUGCAGCAUUACUGUAUUUGGUAAGGGAGCAAAUUAGUUCUGAUCAGCAGACAUUAAUAUUUGUUUCCACAAAACAUCAUGUCGAGUUCCUUAAUAUCUUGUUCAGAGAGGAGGGAAUGGAGCCUUCUGUGUGCUAUGGUGACAUGGAUCAAGAUGCUCGCAAAAUUCAUGUAUCAAGGUUCAGGGCGAGAAAAACCAUGUUGCUUAUUGUUACAGAUGUUGCAGCCAGGGGUAUUGACAUACCCUUACUUGAUAAUGUUAUCAACUGGGACUUCCCUCCAAAACCCAAAAUUUUUGUCCAUCGAGUAGGGCGAGCUGCAAGGGCAGGUCGAACGGGUACUGCAUUUUCUUUUGUAACACCUGAGGAUAUGGCAUACCUUCUAGAUCUUCAUCUAUUUCUUUCAAAACCAAUUAGGGCUGCACCCACUGAAGAGGAGGUUUUGCAGGAUAUGGAGGGAGUAAUGGAUAAAAUUGAUCAAGCAGUUGCAAAAGGAGAAACUGUUUAUGGACGUUUUCCUCAAAAAGUUAUUGACCUUGUUUCAGAUAGAAUCAGAGACAUCAUUGAUUCAUCUGCAGAACUGUCAUCUUUGCAGAAAACAUGUAUAAAUGCUUUUCGCUUGUACUCAAAGACAAAACCACUGCCUUCAAGAGAAUCCAUUAAAAGAGCAAAGGAUUUACCUUGUGAAGGCUUGCAUCCAAUCUUCAAAAAUGUUCUAGAAGGAGGUGAAUUAGUGGCACUUGCUUUUUCUGAGCGCUUGAAAGCUUUCAGACCCAAGCAGACCAUUUUGGAAGCUGAAGGUGAAGCUGCUAAGUCAAAGCUGCAGGGACCUUCUAGUCAAUGGGUUGAUGUGAUGAAGAAGAAGAGAGCUAUCCACGAGGAAAUCAUUAAUUUGGUUCAUCAACAAAGGUCUAACAAGCUUGUAGAAAAGGAAGUUCAAUCUGAAGAUUCUACAUCCAAGAAAAAAGGGAGAAAAGCUUCUGGUUCGAAAAGAAAGGCUGUGAGUUUCAAGGAUGAGGAGUUUUACAUAAGCUCAGUGCCGACAAAUCAUCAUAUGGAAGCAGGCCUCUCCGUUAGAAAUAAUGAAGGAUUUGGAUCAAAUAGGUUGGAGUCUGCUGUCCUAGAUCUUGUUGCAGAUGAUAGUGCAGGCAUGCAGAAACAAAAAUCAAGAUAUCACUGGGAUAAGAGGAGUAAAAAGUACAUCAAGUUGAAUAAUGGUGAACGUGUUACAGCUAGUGGAAAGGUAAUAACAGAGAGUGGUGCAAAAGUAAAAGCUGAGAAGACAGGGAUAUACAAGAAAUGGAAAGAACAGUCUCACAAGAAAGUAUCUUUUAGGGGAACAAAUAAUGAAGAGAAUGCUGAAGGGACAAGCUUAUCAGGAGGAGACCCACGAGUACGGGGUAACAAGAAUAAUAGAAAUUUCAGAGGGGGCAAGAAACAACAGCAUUCAGUGGCUAAUGCUCAUGUGCGUUCUGAGAUUAAGAAUCUAGACCAAGUUCGGAGGGAGAGGCAGCAAAAGGCAAAUCGAAUCUCAUAUAUGAAAAGUAAAUCCAACAAGGGUAAGAAACCUGGAAAAAGUGGAAAACGCGGUGGGAAGGCUAAGCGUUAAGGACCACAGUCCUCAACAGAACAACUUUGAAUUCUAAGUUCUUUGUCUUACAAUCUUAGUGGCUUUUUUUGUGGGGAUGGGGGAAAACAAAGGAAAAAUCAAGGGAGGUCUACUCUUUUUGGACCUGAGCAGGUUGUUAAACUGCACCUUCUGCUAGAAGAGGUUAAACAAUCCUUAGUAGAUGGUGUAGGGGUGCUCUUAUACAUUAUUACUUCUUUUAUUAUAGCCCAGCUCCCCAGGUUUUUUUGGUGUUUUUACAGGCUCAGUUUUGUAUCAUUAGAGUGGAUGCAUCUCCAUUUUUUGGGAAUUAAUAAGUAAAUCUCUUCUCA